GAAAGCCACGUCCCCCUGAGCUGCUGUUGUCAGUCUCCAUGCUGGGGCACAUGGCUGUCUUUACAGAGCAUAUUUCACCCUUUAAAAAAUGCUCAAAAGGACUAUGGAUAAGAAAAGGAUAAGAAAGAAGAAGACUAAGAAAAUGAGAAUCCGAGUAAGAAUAAAAAUGAGAAGAGGAGUAAGGGUAAGAAAAGUUUGAGUAACAACAUUAGAGAAUAAGAAGAAAAGUUUGAGUGCAUCUCAGGACCCGGCUGGUUUCCCUGACGCUAAGUUGAGCUCACAGCUACCCAGAUCAGCGGCUGUGCUUUCCACAGCAGCUCUCAGCUAGAAAGUGGUGUCCCAAGACGACAUGGAGCAGCUUUUCUAACUCUGCAGACUUCUUUGCAGGCACGCUUACACAAGCAGUUGGUAAUUUUGCCAAGAGUUUGGAAGGGUGGCUGAUGAACGCAAUGAGUGAACUUCCCCCCGAGAUUGUCCGGGCCAAGGUGGGGGUAGUGAGUGCCUUUGCGCAGACGUUACGGAGCUACGCGUCGCUGAACCGCCUGGCUCAGGCCGCCCGUGCGGUGCUGCAGAACACUUCCCAGAUAAACCAGAUGCUCGGCGAUCUCAAUCGGGUCGACUUCACCAACGUGCAGGAGCAAGCCUCGUGGGUGUGCCAGUGCGAGGAAGGCAUGGUACAGAAGCUGGAGCAGGCUUGCAAGCUCACUCUGCAGCAGCAGAGUUCUCUGGACCAGUGGGCUAGCUGGCUGGAUAAUGUUGUUACUCAAGUCCUGAAGCAUCACGAGGGCACUCCCAGCUUCCCCAAGGCAGCCAGACAGGUCUUGCUGAAAUGGUCUUUCUAUAGCUCCAUGGCGAUCCGGGACCUCACCUUGCGCAGUGCUGCCACCUUUGGUUCCUUCCACCUGAUUUGCCUGCUCUGUGAUGAAUCCGUGUUUUAUCUGGUAGAGCACCGUGUUGCCCAGGCAACAGGGGAGACGCCGACUGCGGGAAUGGGAGAGUUUGGUGACCUCACACCUCUGUCUCCAACACCGCUGGACAAAGAGGACAUGAGUGACCUGGGCAGCGAGGUGGACACAGCCUCCCGGAGCAUGGGGGGUGCACUUGUGAAACAUUGUGAUGGCGGCUCCGACGGGGCUGAGCUGGUGGAGCUUCUGCCCCAGCAGGGCUUUAUUCUCCCUUUCUGUGUCCUGGGGGUCUGGGCUGAUGCGGACUACAGGGCAGAGGAGGAGACUAUGGGGGACCGUAUCAAAGGCCUUGGAGAAGUCCAGGUAGACAAUGUCCACCGCCCGCCCCGUGUCCACCAGGCAAGUCGCUUUGUCAUAGAAGGCCACCAGUUCCAGGCUACUGGCCCCAUCAUCGCAGCAUCGGAGCAGCCAGUUGACGAUGUGCUCACCUGA